AAAACUGAGAAAUGUUAUGCAUGUAGAAGCUAUUGUAUUUACUGUGGAAUGUAAAACAUUAAUUCCCAAUAAGUAAAUUUAAAAACAUAAAAAUUAAAAUUAAAAGAAAAUAUGAAAGAGGGGAAAAAAACCGUCAACAGAGAGAGUCAGAGUGACAGCCUGUGGAACAGAUCUGGCAGCAACAUUCUAGCAAAGGGGUGGGGGCUGGGGGCCAGGCGCCCAGGUGAUGACCUCUGAGCCUUUGUUGCUUGCUUGCCUGGCCACACCCCUUCUCCAGGUUGCCCAGAUUUUCUCUCUGAAUCCUGAGAGUGCAGGAGGGCAGGAACCCAGCUCCGCUGUAACACUGCCCUUCUGGGACUCUUGCCCUAAAUACUGAGCCCAGGGGGUGUGGAGGGGAGGCUAGGAAGAGCCUUUGCCCUUAUAUUAAAAAAAAAAAAAUCAAAUCGCUCAUUCAGUUAUAGCGUAAUUUAGUGUCACAGUCGGAAGUCAGACAACCCCUGUGCCUGCCUUGGUGGGCAAGCCCCACCACCCACCUCCUUUGGGAGGGUGGACAUCAUGCGCCCUGUGGACAAGACAGGCCUCGGCCCUUCUGCCACCAUGGGCGCCACUGCAGAAGAGUUGACCAUCUGGCGACAGCACAUGAAUAAGAACAAGCUGCACACCCUAGCUCGGCUGAGCCGGGAUGAAGUCUCUAUGAUAUGGAGCCAUGUUUCUGACUUUAUUCUACGACAGCUGAGGCUGCAAAAGGGGGUCUACAUACCUGCUUUUGGGACAUUUACUUUUAUGAGGCAAAAACUAGAUGCUGGGAACAGGUUUAGCUCUAUCCAGAUACCGAUCUUUAUCAUGUCAGAGAAGCUAUUGCAGCUGCAUGGACUACGACAAACUAAGAUCCACACACCUGGGGAUAUCCCUGUUGUACCACUGAAUUUUAUCAUGGUUGCCAUAGCGGGGCAUUAUAUCAGGGACACAGUCGAAGGAUGCAUUAAAGAAACUCUGCAGCUCUUAUCACGAUCAAUUUGCACAAGAAAGAAAGUUGAAUUUACUUUCCAAGGAAUCGGUAUCCUUACAAUUGAAAAUGACAAAGUAAAAAUGAAAUUUUUUCAGGACUUCUUGUCUGCAGUGGAUACAAGUGGCAAUCUGGAAAAAGGUAUUGCAAAGGUAAUGUUGACCUUCACACCUCAAAGUGUAAAUUCAACUUUAGCAAACAUCAAAAAUUUGAAGAGAAGUUCAAACUGUGUUCUUUCAUUCCCCAGAAUCGAAUUCAAAUUACAACAAAAUAAUGAAACUACGGAAACAUCUAAACGGAGAAAGUCCGUGUUAAAAAUGAAGCCGGACAAAGACGAUGUGCAAGUCAACUUUCUACCUAGACCUCCAGGUCAAAAACCCACUCCAGCAACUGGAAAUAUUGCACCCGAACUUUGUUACGUGUGUAUGCAACGCAGGAAGGUCAACAGUGCACUGUAUUCUUAUGUCAAGAACAAAGAAGAAGACCAGGACGACCAAAUUCUACAUCAAUAUCAGAUAAUGAAAGACAAGGACACUGCAUUCAAAGACCAGUUGAGACUAAAAUCAGAAAAAGAAGAAUGCAUGAAGAAUGCUGCUUAUAACCUUGGUGUCGCAGAUGCUAUAAAAUCACAGAGGAAUCCGAAAUGCCACUUUUCUAAUCCAUACUAUUUUGAUAACCGACCAGCAAGUGCUGCUAUUGUCACUGAAAAGAAAAACGAGUUUACUAAGAACCUUCUCAAACAAAUAGAUGCCAGUAGUAAACUGGCCAAGAAAAAGAAUGAAAACCAGAAAGUCUUGGAGCAACUAGAACGGCUGCAACUCAAACAAGAGAUUGAUGAACAAAAAGCUGAAUUGAAGAAACAUCAAUUUGAGGAGAGAGAAAUGUAUAAGAAAGCACUGGAAUACCAGCUGAAACACAGGCCUUCCAGACUGCCCAUUUAUGAGCCCAUGGGCACCUUCACCAACUUUGGGCAGAAUGAAAAGACCCUGGAGGCCGAGAAGCGGCAGAGAAAUAUUGAAUAUAUGAAGCAGCAGGUGGAAGCCGCUGCAGGCCACAGAAGACAGCGUAUCAUCAGCCAAAUAAAAAAUCUGCAGCAAGAAAAAGAAAUGCUCCAGAAAAACCAAGAAAAGCAUUUAGCAGAAAGAUGUGCAGAAGAGGAUCGAAGGAACACCAUCAAUCAACACCUGAGAAAAGAAUGGGAUAAAGAUGUUGUGCUGAAGCAUCAGCGAGAUGAAGAUGUCAAGGCCUUUGACAAGGCGCCAGACAAACUAUUUAUUUUGGAUCAGUGCAAUGACUACAAACGCUGUAAACAGUGUCAGAGAGACCCGUCCAACAAGGGCAAGACCCACUUCUGGCCCUACAACAAACACUUGCCAGGGUCUCUCAUGCUCAUGUGAAGCCAGAGUCCUGUCCUCGCCUCCCA